AUGACUUCAGUUACCGUCCGUGUUUUUGACACGCAAAAUCAAAGGCUCGAGUCGCAGCACUAUACCUCGAAUGCUCACACCACUCCGACUGUACAACAACCACCCGCCCCAUCACAGCUCGCACUUGCCAACCAACCACCACCAAAUGAGGCGCGAGAUCAGCCUCAUGGAAAUGUGCGAUUUCCUAUUGACGAGCCACAUGGACGAAAGGCUACGCACACCUUUGCUGUCUCUGAACCAAGGGCACCUAAACCUCAGCCCCAGGUACCUACCAGUGGUAAUACCGAGUGGGAUGUCUGGCCUGACGGCCACAUUGUGCGCACCUACUCGCAUGAAGAUGCCAAACGGCCCGAGGUCAACAAUUUCCACGUCCACUGGGCUUGUGAGGGCGUAGGUGCUCCUCGACAUAAAGGCUCACUCGAUGCGUUACAGUGGCAAGACGGUGUGCGUAGUCGUAGACGUUGCCACGGUGUAAUUAUAUGCACCAACCAUGAAUCCAAGGGUGGAUCAUGUGCCAUUGUCAUCCGCCCUACAACGACGAAGAAACUCAUUACGAGGCAGCUUGAGACAACAUGCUCGUGUGGUGCCAUGCUCGUCCAUAAUCACUGCGGUAUAAUUUACGACCUUUUCAAAUUUGCGGGCGGUGUGUGCUUCGUUCAUCGUGGCUUUCACAACCACCUUCGCCCACCGCGACGAUUGCAUCUGACGAGAGUGGAAUCGGAUCUCUUCCAGCAAGUCAUCGAGGAGCACCCCCGCAUGGGCGCAACACAGCUUUUGAUGGGCCGCCCAGGCAUCAAUGGACCCCAGGAGUCAAUUGCGGUCAUAUCUCCAGUGCUUCUGAACACAGCCAGGGUGAACCUUGAGAGAAAAAAGGUUUUCGCGAUGAGCCGAGGGAAGGACAUUAUUGCAGAGUUCACGGAGUUCCAGCGCCAGCAUCCUAAUUUCGUUAUUUUCCACACCUUCGAUCCCGUCGCAGUUGUCAUCACGCAGUCACCCACCAUGUUGUCGUUUCUUGUCAAGAAUCACAGUAAUGGCAUUAUAUCUGAUGCUGCCCAUGGGUUUUGGGCUGAGCGUAAUGAUCUAUUAAUCAUAAGCUCGGUCUUCAGUGAUGCUCUGCAAUGCUGGGUGCCAGGUGUAAUGACGUGGUCGAAUGGUGGCACCGAAGCACACUACCGUCAUCAUUUCCGUGCACUAUUUGAAACAAUGGCAGGGGAGUAUGAAAGGCAGAACAUUAUUCUCACUGACGAUCUUUUUGCGAAUGUCGUUGAUUUCAGCCAGGCAGAGCGAGCAGGCUUCAUCAAUGCAUAUGUAGAAUUCUGGAUGGUUCGUGAAGAUAAUACUCGCCCAGCUGAAGAACUCGCAGAAGCUGCCAGGGGUCUACUGAAGGGCUGCCACCAACAUUUUCGUGCACAGGUCACUCGUGUCAAAAAAAUUAGUGGUGUCGUCCCUCCUGCACUUGCAGAUGUGUUCGAAGACCGUGUGCUGCAGCUCCUGCAGUGUCAAGACCUUGCGACGUUCAAGUCUAUCUCAUCCUCUCUCAUUCGUGACUACCCCAAGGCUGAGGACUGGUUGAACUGGUGGAUGGCAGAUGGGCGUGCUGAAAUGUUGUUUGCUCCCUUUCGGCGCAUGCCAGAUAAUCUCUGGUAUAAUCUCGAGGACACCACCAAUGCGGAGGAGGCAAUGCAUUGGCGGAUAUACUGUGGCCUUGGCAAGUUUCAUAGCUUCGUGGCUGGAUUACAUGCACUGCGAGCAUUUUCUGAGUAUUGGCAGCUGCAAUUGGCUGGUAAUUCUUCUGGGAUUCCUCUUUUCUACGGAAAUAUGCGGCAGUUCUGGCAGAAAUGGAAAGCCGAGCUUGGCACUACACAUCCUUCUCGUGCACCCGACAAGAUCGCAGCCAAAAAACGAACUCGAAAUGAUGGUCGCCCCCCUGAUACAGCUCGUCAAUUACUCGGCAAUCACUCUACCAAUGGAGAGACCCUACAUGACACAUCAUUGUCUCCGACGAAACGACCCCGCCUAAAUGACAUCAAACGAGCAUCCUAUAAGUGGUCUAACAACUCAUGUUGGCUUGAUACUUCACUCGAACUCCUUUUCGCUGCUGCCUCACGAGAUUUCGAGACAUCAUUCAGCCCUCGAAUGUCAGAGUUGACUGAUGAAGACUCGCUUUCACUCCUCAGUCAUGCCCUCAACGCUCGCACUGUGGUGCAAGGCCCCGAUCCCUCAGCACCAGAUGAUAUUGUUGGUAUGUUGAUUGUGCAGCGCGAUAGUCUUAGAAAAGACCUCUUCGACAAGAAUAUAAUCUCGGACGUAGACUCUUUCGAACCAAUCUUUACUUGGUUAGGAUCAUUGCUCGACUAUCCACGAAACUGUCCUAUUAAAUUCAUGCAUGGCUACUUCCAUCUUCACAUGAUUGAUGUUCGCUCAUGCUCCGGUUCACUCUCUAACGAAUCGACGUUCAUGCAAGAUCGGCACUGGCAAAUUGUCCGCAAGCCUAGGACCGUCUUUCAUCACCAAUUGGGAAGAUCUAUGGCAGAGCAGUUUGACGGGGAUGUGAGCAAAUGGUUUCGACACUUAAUCCAGGUCAAGAAGCCACCCGAGAAAUCACGUUCCUGCUGGUGUGUAUUGGAUGGUGACGUGUUGUGCAACGGGGCAGCCACUUGUCUCAAAUUUUGCUCACAUAUACCCGUCACAUUAAUAAUUGAAAACGACGAUCAAGACAUCCAAGGGCAUGAUAACAACGGCUCAUCGUGGCACUUCCCGCAGACGAUUCGACCACUAGACGGAAAGGCAGAGGAGCGUCAAGGUGUUGUAUAUGAUAUUGUUGGGCGAGCAUUCUUUAGUCCAGGCACCAGUCAUUUCAUUGCUCGUUAUGCCACUCCCGACAAACGCAUCUAUGACUACGACGGGAUAAAGUUUGGUGGUUAUGCGACAUUGGAUAGGAAGGCAAAAACAACCACCCACGUCGCAGGCACACAUCGCCUGAUAUCCCCACCCCCUCGAUUCAACACUUGCGCUGUGAUUUACCAUCUUCGUGGAGGGACCGAAGCUCAACGAUACUUUUCACGACACCAGAUGGCAUUAGCGCAGCAGAUGUUGAACAUCGAGUUUGUCAACGCACAUAAUGGCAGCCAGUUGACUGAUAGCGAACUGUCAAUACCCCGGGAAAUUCAAUUGCACGGUGACAUUCUCCCGAUUCCGUCAGAUGAGCGGUUCUGGGCCCUGGAUCAAACAAACUCGUCAAAAUAUGUGGACUAUGUAUCUCACAAACCCACCGUGGAAAGUUCAUUGCCCCCCCCACCGAUUUCACAGCCGAGACCACCGAAACGAAAGAGGGUACAGUUGAAUGUCCUAGAUAGCGAUGAUGAUGAAAUCCAGGAGGUCAAACCACCACCUCUAUCCCAAGAAUACGAGUUCUACUGUCGGUGUGGAAGCCGGGAACAUGGAGAUCUCCAGCAAGAGAGCGAAGUGGCAAUUCAGUGUGAUAACUGCGAGCGCUGGUCUCACGUAGCUUGCCAGAGGGAUGGUCGGGCAAGUAACUUGACAAAAAAGCAGUCAUUUUACUGUGAUGCUCCUGACUGUGCGCCAUAUAGUGAUCUUUGCCUAGAUAUUUAUAUAGUGAACGGGAACUCAUCAAUUAUAUGCAGACCAGGGAAGGGGGCACUAGCACGCCAUGGCAAAUACUGGUAUCCUGUCAGGAUAAAGUCAUGUCAGCGUGUGUCUGGAAGUCUGAGGACAUCGUUCACCGUCAAAUGGUGGAGGCACUGUUCUUUCAAACUCGGUACCACUCAACCUCCAGGUGAGGUUGGCGAGGGAGAUAUAGUUGAUGCUCUCUAUGGAGAUCGUAAACGUCGCCGCAUGAUCCGGCUCGGGAAAUGGACUCACGCUCACGAAGUUCCCCAGCAUGAGGAUGUCAUUGCAAACUUUAGGAAUAUACCCUACAGCAUUAAUAUCGACGAAGCAUUGGCUCCUCACACUCAACUCCUUACAGAUAUUCUUGAGCAGCCGGAUCCUGUGAAAAUGCGCGACACAGUCCCAGUUCUUGGAUAUCUCGCUGACCUGUCAGAGAAAUCAGGUCGUAGGCACACUACAGUCCCGUAUUGCGGUGAUCUGUCACUCACAGACUGUGCUCAUAUUGCAAACUGGAUUUACCGAAAUGUCCCUGGUGCAGCUGAACGAAUUAUCAAUUGGCUAAACUGUGCUACAUAUGCACAUGCUUGCACUAUCGUAGUUUCGAAGCGCAAGAAAAACUUACUCCAGGAGCCAGCCGAAAAUAUCCUCAUUGAACGUCGCUCGUCAGGACCUGGCAUGGACUCAGUUCCUACUCCGGAAGAGCGAGAAAACGCGAUUCUCCAGGCUGCCUGGCUUGACCUCCAACUCAGCUAUGAUCUGACCUCGAUGGACAUAGACGUCGACUUGGAGUGUCUUGGCAUACUGGAACAGCGGAUGUUCGAGCUCUCGUUGGCUGCAGGAGCUGCAGGAAAUGAACAAUGGGGCAAAGAUGCUGGUGCACACCAAGAGCGAUGGAAUCCCUAUGAGGGCCUCCCUGAGCACUGGAAUCAUGGCGACCGAGAUUCAUACGCACCGGAAUUUGAAGGAGAAGUAGACGUGCGUCAUCAUCGCUUUUCAUCGCGGAUCAGUCUGACAUGGUUCGACUAA